GUUAGACGUGUAUAUACAGUAGCCUCGCGACCGCAACACCUUUCUGGAGCAACACCCAGCCUUGCAUCGCAGCCUUACGACCUCCUCCCAACCCCUGCGCUGCUGAAAUUUAUCCAUGAUGAGGUCAUUCGCAUGUAACCAGAAGUGCUCCAGGACAGCAAACGCGCCCAGGGCGUUCACGCUUGCGUCCCCAUCGGCGCCAGCGCCGUUCGUUGUCCGUCGGAGGGUCGCGCUGGUAGUGAGGAAUGACGCUGGCGCAUCGACAAAGCCCACCCUGUCUAUCAAGAUGCCCUACCGCGUGAACUUUGGCGAGACGCUUCGGCUGGUCGGUUCGAGCCCGCUGCUGGGCGACUGGAAUGCCGACAAGGGUCUACAGCUUGAAUGGAGCGAAGGCGACGUUUGGUGCGCGGACGUGCCUAUCGACGCGGGGCACUAUGAGUUCAAGUGUGUAAUCUACAAUGCGCAGAGCAACCAGGUGUCCCGCUGGGAGGACGGCGGCAACCGCGUGCUCAACAUCACCGAGGAGCCGGGCGCGUGGGCGGUGGACUGCCUGUGGGGCGCCACCACCGACAUGACGCAGGCCUUUGUGCCCGCCCCGCCGCCGCCAGCGCCCGAGCCCGUGGCCGAGGUGGCGCCGGUGGCUGAGGCGCCCGCGUCGGAGGCGUCGGCAUCGGGUGCUGCCGCCAUCCCGGCCGUGGAGCCCAUUACAGCCACCACCUCGACCGUCAGUGAGACCGCCGCCGUCGCGAUUGAGACCGCCGCCGCCGCGAUUGAGACCGCCGCCGCCGUGAUUGACACCGCGCCAGCCGUCACCACUGAGGCCACCGCAGCCACCCCAGCAACUGUGACGGCCGUUCCCACGGCUUUCGCCGUCGUCAUUCAGCCCGCCGGGCUGCAGCCCGCCACCGAGCCCACCACCGAGCCCACCACUGAGCCCGCCACUACCGAGACCGCCAAUACCGAGCCCGCCACCGAGCUUGUCAUCGCCGCAGCCCUCAACGCUGUGGCAGAGACAGUGGACGCGCCGCCUGCUGCUGCUGAGGCCGAGGCGCCGGCCGUCGCCUCUGUGCCGGCGGCCAUGGAGCUGGGUGUGGUGCCGCCGGCCGAGGCCGCCGUGCCGCCGGUGGAGGCGGCAGCCGCGGCCAUAGCGGCGGCGGCCACGGAGGCGGCGGCCGUGGAGGCGGCAGCCGUGGAGGCGGCGGCCGUAGAGGCGGCAGCCGUGGAGGCGGCGGCCGCAGAGGCGGCAGCCGUGGAGGCGGCGGCCAUAGAGGCAGCUUCCUCGGAGGCGGCGGCCGUGGAGGCGGCGGCCGUGGAGGCGGCAGCCGUGGAGGCGGCGGCCGCGGUCGCGGAGGCAGCGGCCGUAGAGGCAGCUUCCUCGGAGGCAGCGGCCGUGGAGGCAGCGGCCGUGGUGGCGGCCGCCCCCGUGAUGGUAGAAGUGGCCGAGGUGGCGGCAGAGACUGUUGCGACGGCUCAGGUUGUGGAGCCUCCUGUGGUCGAGGCCGUGGCAGAGGCAGCAGUGGAGUCCGCGAUGGCAGCGGCGGCGGUGGCGCCGGCCAUGGACACCGCCUCCGUUACGGAGGCGGCCGUGCUGGAGACUGCAGCGGCCGUUACCGCUGCUGCCGCCGCCCUGGAGGCAGCGGAGCCGGCGGCUACAGCGGAUGCCGUGGUGAAGGGUGCUGACACGGCGGCCGCCGUGGCCGAGGAGUCUCUCAAGAGCGCCACUGCUGCCGCCGGCGUUGAGGAGGAGCUGCUGCCGACGUUCCUUGCGCUGGAGGAGGCAGGCGCGGCCAAGGCGGCGGAGGAGCAGGCUGCGGCGGACGUGGCGGCGGCAGCCGCCGCGGAGGCUGCCGCGGCGAGCGCCGCGGCGUCAACCUCUGGCACCGGCGGCGACGCGGCGAGCGGCAGUGGCGCCGGCCCAAUUGCGCUGCUGCUGGCCACCGCUGCGGCGGGCGCUGCGGCUGCGUGGGUGCUGCUGGCGCCCGGCGGCAUCGACACGUCGGCCCUGGGCAGCGGCGCCAGCUCGGCACUGGGCGGUGCCAGCGAGGCCGUGAACAAGACGCUGCUGCAGUCGUCGCUGGCGGGAGCGCAGGUGCGCGCGCAGCUGCAGUCGCAGGUGACGGCGCUGGCCGGCCAGGUGUCGUCGGUGAGCGCGCAGGUGGCCUCGCUGCAGCCGCUGGUGCAGGAGCAAGUCAGCAGCCUCAGCGACGGCAUGGCGGCGGCGGCCACGGGCGCGGCGGCGUCUCUGGGCUCGCUGAGCGCCACCAGCGUGGCGGUGGUGCAGAGCACGGCGGAGGGCGUGGGCGGGGCCGUGACCGGCGCCCUGGGCGGCCUGGCAGCGGGCAUGGACGGCCUGCAGGCGGUGGCGGCGGAGGCGGUGGAGCAGGUCGCGCGGCAGGGCUAAGGCGGCGGUCCUGGUGGCGGCGGUGGUUUGGCGGCUGCACGGCCCUGGAGGAGAGGGAAUCAGGGGGAGAGAGCAGUGGCUGGUGCGUGGCGCCGUGUCGGUGCGCGUGCCGCAAACAGAGGAACACAUAUUGGCAUGGCAUCUGGAUGUUCAUUAUGUCUGCACAGGGUGUCGGCGUGUGCAUGUGUAAAGGGAUGUUCGCGUGGGUGACGGAGAAGACACUUUGACGGGAAGACGACCCGGGACGGCCUGCAUCCACUUGGUCAGGGAACGAUAAAGACGUAAAACCAGCGUAAGUUAUGACGCGGGGCCAUUUUGCGACAUUUCGCUAGUGUCAUAGCAUCCGCGCUGUAGCAUUGCUGACUCGAUGAGAUAUUUAAUGUGGCGCGCGUGCGCAGGCGGCGCGUGUAGUUGUCCAUGAUGGCGGCGGAGCUGGCAAACGGCGCCAGAGCUGCUUGCGGAGCCACCAGAUGCGCAUGCUUCCGCGUGCGAGAGGGAUGUAGCAAGCAUGAUGUGCAUAAGGCGAAAUGACGUGAGCACGAAGUUUGUGCCUGAGUAUGGCCAUAAUGAGUAUGCAGCGUCCUCGAGAUAAGGUGGACCAUACGCGCCGGAGCAUAGCGGGCGCACUUUGCAGCCCUGCACCCUGAGAGGGACCUAUAUUUUGCCGCUUGGUAAGGGCAUGCGACGUACUAAUGGUCACGUAUGGGGCAUUUUCCUUCGCGCCCGAAACCAACACCCCUGGCGCACAUGAUAGGAAGGACCGAGGAGACGGGGACAGAGGAGGCUGGGCAUGGAGAGGAGGGACUGUCCUGAAGAAACGCUGCGCUGGCGCCUGGCGGCAUGUGAUUCUGCACAUCGAAGUCAUGUCAGUAGUAGAGUAAGUCCCCUUGUGUACAUGAGUCUGAAUGCUUGAGCAGAGGUGGAUGGCCCAGCAUUAUUUGGGUGUUAGACACGAGCCUGGCGCAGCGGCGCGGAGGCACAUGAACUUUGAGGGUAGCAUGGUGCGGAGGCAUCAAGCAGCAGGCCUGGCCCGGUCUGGCUUAGAAUUGCAUUCGGAAGAAUUAGGCAACCGUCGUGGGUCCGGCCACUGCGUCUUGUGUGACGGUGGCCCCUGUAAUACUUCAUACCG